AUGAAGUCUAUCGGUAUCUUAACAUCAGGUGGUGAUAGUGCAGGUCUCAAUGCAAUUGUCAGAUCAGCUACACGCUAUGGCAUCGAGAAAGGUCUUAAGGUCUACGGCAUCAACAGAGGUUACCUCGGUUUAGUUGAUGGAAAGAUUUUCGAACUUAACUCCAGAAGUGUCUCAGGAAAACUCGGCCUUGGUGGUACAUUCAUUGGUACAGCUCGUCUUCCAUCAUGGAAGGAACCAAAGGUCAGAAGAGAAGCUAUCAGAACAUUAAACAGAUUCUCUAUCGACGGUCUCAUCGUUGUCGGUGGCAAUGGUUCACUCGCUGGUGCUAACCUUCUUCAGAAGGAUGGUUUCCCAGUCAUUGGCCUCCCAGGAUCAAUCGAUGACGAUGUUUAUGGCACUGACGUUUGCAUUGGUGUCGAUACAGCCCUCAACAUCAUCAUUGAGGCUAUCGAGAGAAUUCGUGAUUGCGCUUCUUCCAUUCAACGUGCUUUCGUCGUUGAAGUUAUGGGCCGUGAUUCAGGUGCUCUUGCCCUCAUGGCUGCCGCUGCCGCUGGUGCUGAAGUCUGCCUCGUCCCAGAAGGCAAGAACCCAUCAAUGGAAGAAAUCGCAAAGACAAUUACUCAGGCAUAUACUCGUGGUAAGCCACACGCCAUCAUUGUCGUCGCCGAAGGCUGGAAGCCAGGCACAAAGGCCCUCAUCGACUACCUUAAGUCAAUUGAAGACCAGACAGGCUUCGAUGUCAGAACAACAGUCUUAGGUUACACACAGCGUGGUGGUGCUCCAUCAUAUCGCGACCGUUACUACGGCACAAUCAUGGGUAUGGCCGCUGUCGACGCUCUCCUUGCUGGUGAAUCUGGCAAGAUGGUUGGCAUCAAGGACGAAAAGGUCAACCUUGUCCCAUUCGAGGAUCUCGUUGGAAAGCUUAAGCCACUUAACGAGGAUCUUUACAAAUUAUACAAACAACUCGAACAAUAA